CCUCAACGCGCUGGCUGGAUCGGCUCGUAUCCACAACUGAAAAUUUAUUUCCAGAGCAGCAUCAACAUUUUGGUGGUGUAGAACCAAGAGUCAUGUACAUCAGCAGCGGGAGUGUUGCAGUGAUGACCCAGACAGUUCAGACUAAUGGGGUUCAACCCCUCAGUAAGACCUGGGAGCUGAGCCUCUACGAGUUACAGAGAACUCCUCAGGAGGCUAUAACAGAUGGGCUGGAGAUAGCAGUGUCACCCAGGUCCUUGCACAGUGAACUAAUGUGUCCUAUCUGUCUGGACAUGUUGAAGAACACAAUGACAACCAAAGAAUGUCUGCACCGUUUCUGCGCUGAUUGUAUCAUCACAGCUUUGAGAUCUGGUAACAAAGAGUGUCCAACCUGUCGUAAGAAGCUGGUGUCAAAGAGGUCACUGCGUCCAGACCCAAAUUUUGAUGCUCUGAUUAGUAAGAUUUAUCCCAGCCGUGACGAGUAUGAAGCCCACCAGGAGAGAGUGUUGGCGCGCAAACACAACAACCAGCAAGCCCUUUCCCACAGCAUAGAAGAGGUGAAGAUACAGGCCAUGACCAGACUUCAGCGCGGUAAGAGACACACGGUGGAGAAUGGAAGUGGAGCUGAGGACAAUGGAGACUCGUCCCACUGUAGCAACGCAUCUGUUCACAGCAACCAGGAGGCAGGUCCAAGCAUCAAGCGCACCAAGACGAGCGAUGACAGCGGUUUGGACAUGGACAAUGCUGCUGAGAACGGGGGGGGACUCUGUGAUUGAGGGGGAGCCAGUGAAAUAGAGCUGGUUUUCAGGCCACAUCCCACCUGAUGGAGAAAGAUGACGGCCAUAACAGGUAGUGUGGAGUUUGUCCCUCGCUACAUCAAGACAUCUGGUAACGCCACCGUGGAUCACCUGUCCAAAUACCUGGCCGUGCGACUAGCUUUGGAGGAGCUCAGAAGAAACGCUGAGGCCAGUCCUGUUAAUGUGGAGGCAGCUUCAGAGAAACAAUACACCAUCUAUAUACCAACUGCUGGAAACCAGUUCACUGUUCUCAAUGGUUCUUUCUCCCUGGAGCUUGUCAGUGAAAAGUACUGGAAGGUGAACAAACCCAUGGAGCUCUACUUUGCCCCUACGAAAGAACACAAGUAGAAGCACGCCAGUCUAUACACAUGCAUACAUGCAAACACACAUACACACUCACCAGUAUGAGGUAAACAGAUGGACUUGGCUACACCUGUGCACACACGAAGUAAGAGGAGGAGGAGGUGGAAAUGUGUCUGAAGGAGACGAGGGGCUUUGGUGAAACCCUCAAAAGGACUCUUGUAAAAAGGAAAAAAAACUCCUGUUUUAUAUUCUCUGUAUCUUUCUCCGUGUCUCUUCCUAUCUUUGUCUGUAGAAGGUAGCAGGUCAGUACAGCAGCCAGCAGGUACAAGUAAGAUGGAAUGGACUGCUUCAUGUGUACAACAGUGGCUGUAGGCUCUGUCCUACUCUGAAAACCAGGGUCCAUUCACAGACUGAGCUAGCACUGUGCUGUUUCCAUGUGAGAACAAUGUAUUUGCCUGUAUUUGUAUUCAGUAAAGGCCCCUUUAAACUG